CGGAGAACACGAGGGAAAUCGUAAGUUUCUGUCCUGGCCUCCGGAAGGAAAAGGUCGGGUUUUCUGGAUCGGUCGUCAACUGUCACUUUGGAUAUGAGUGUCUGAUCGAGAAUAAAAAUCGCCUUUUCACCAGACAGAUCGAAUCGUUGGCAAUGAAGCAAGCGGUGGUGAGCAAUUUAGGCGAAACCUGUCCACGUCACUCGAGUGAAUGAGAGGGAGAGGGAGGGAAGUGAAAUGAAACGAAGGCCAGGAGCAGGCGGGUCAAUGCAGACGCUUUUCUUUGUCUCGUCACCUUGCGAGGCCGCAUCUCGUCUGUGUAACGACGAGGGAAAAGAGGCUUUACCGUGGAAUGGGUCGACGAAUGCCCGACGUUGUGAGGUGGCAUCGUGGUCCUCUCUCCUCUCGCCGUGUGCGUUCGUCGGGCGACGGCAUCGAGUUGGGGUGUACGACAUGGGGCGGAGACGCGGUACAUUGGUUAGUGCAGACGCAGAUGCAGAUGCGGAUGCGGACGCCGAUCAGAGGAGGGCGUACAUGAACAUCGGAUUUUUACCGCCUCUGGGGAUGUACCGAAGGGAAUGCAGCAUGUGUACAUGUGCAUGUUUGCUGGAGGUGCGAUGUACUGUACCUAUAUAUGAAGAAGUAGCGCCAGCGCAUUUGGACGGAUGCAAUCCUGCGCAGUGAACAUAGCGGAAAUAAUAGGUUGAGUCAUCACUUUAUGGGGGUCAUGCCAACACACCCAGCUGAUUCGGGACGAACGAGUCCGCAAUACGUCCU